UAUACUAGAAAUUUUCGAAAUGCUUCUUAACUUACAAAAGAAGGAGAUCAAACUGAGUGAAUGAGUCCCUACCUUCAUGAUAAGCAAGAAGGGCAAGACUACUAAUGUACAAUUUGCUGCUUUCAGGAGAAACUUUAAUAAUAAGAGGCUAAAUGAGUUCAAUUCUACCAAUCCUGCAGAGCUAACGUUCUCAAAAUAAGCCAAUUAUGAAGAAGAGGAAUUCUGCUUCCUUCUUAGCUACUGGAAGAGAAGGUAAAGCGAACAUAGUCAAAGGAUCGAUCGGAAGUACAAUUUCGGAAGGAGUCGAAGUAGGGAGGUAUACUCCUCGUUAUCCGAGAAGGAGAGACCCUACUUAUACAUUUUCGAAAGUUCAAAGAGAUACGAAGUUAUUCUUAUUUGCAGAUCAUACUUGGAUUAGGGAUUGUCAGAAUAGAUAUAGGAACCUGAAACAACAAAGCUUAGCUUCAAUAACUCGUUUAAGUAUGAAGGGUAGAAGGAAUAUGAUGAAAAAUUCAUUUAAUACAACUAGGACAAGUUUUAGAUCUCAGAGACCAACUACUGCUAAGUCAAGGAGAUCUUCUCGGCCUUUGAGACCAGGCACUGCAAAGGUUAUUAAAGUUAAAAGAAGAAGAGUUAAGAAGUAUAGGAAUUCUUCGUUGUAAUGAAAUAA